CACUCGCCAGAAUCUAACAAUUCGACAUGAGAACAGGACCGGCCACCGCGACUCCAAGCCUGGUCCCGAGAGAACAAGGGGGUGGCUUCCCCUCCCCCUUUGAGACAAAACUAACUCCCAGGCGCACCCCCCCAACUCCCCGACAAGAGGGUCCUGGUGGAUGCGCGGGCACCUGGCAACCGCCUGGAUGGAAGCAAAGCCCAAGAGGGAGAGUAGGGUCCCCGGUUCCGGCUCCCGCCGCAUCUUCCGCUCCUCACCUCACGCCGCCAGAGCCUCUGCCUCCACCACAACCCAAGCCGCCACAGCCGCCACGGUCCGGGCCAUUUUCCACUCAGCCGCCUCAGCCGCUGCGGAGAGCUUCGGCAGACUCCGCGGCCAGCCAAGCACAGACGUCAUUUCCGGCCGGGGAAGCACCGCCUUCCGCGCUCAAACUUCUCAAGCAUUGGCUGGUGUUGACGACCUACCUGAGCCCCAGACCAGGGGACAGGGUCUCGAGGACCCGAGCCGGCCACCUCUCCAGCCUGGCGUCAGAAGCCCCGCCAACCACCGAACGACUCUAUUGUUCCCGUGCCCUCUCUUGGGACUCCGCACUCUCCCUAUCCAAGCCGCAGCUUCCAGAUUCGUGGUUUUCGCCCCAGGCCGCACGGAGAUUACUUUGUGAUUGGAAGACUGAAAGGAACAGGCAAGAUAUAAAAUCGUUCACUCCAACCAGCGUUUACCUCACAGAGGAUCAGGUGCUGGGAGUUGUGUAAUUAGUAGCCCGCCUAUCACGUGGAUUGUGUAAAGUGCUUCCACAUCAGCGUCUCAUUUAAUCCUCCCAACAGCCAGGUGAGGAAAAUGGUCCAAUAAUAACUCAAGGCAAGACAGCUCUUUUCUACACUGCAAGAUAGCUUCACAUACAAUCUCUAUGUAAAUACCUUCCUCAUGAGAAUUGAAUGAGAUUAUUCUUUUAAAGCAUUUAGCCCUCAAAUGUUAGAUUAAAAAAUUGCAUGACCAUGUUAAGCAGAUAGGAAAAUUAUCACCAUUUACAGAUGGUGAAGCCGGGGGCACAAUUCAAACUCAGUUCUGACCCUAAUCCAUAGUAUUUGACAACAGGUACAGGCGUCCCUUAAACAGAACAGCUCCUUUCAGAGGUUCACAAUCUAAUGUGAUAGACUAGUUUGGGCUGCAAUUCUCAGUUUGAAAAAAAAAAAAAGUGAGAAAGCUGUAAGAAGUAGAAACUUGGCUUCAAGAAAGAGUGGAGAAGUAAAUCUGAUUUCUUUCUUUCUUUUUCGAGGGAGGUUGUAAAGUGGAUGAAGCCCUCUAAUCACUGUAAUAAACAUGCCUACACUUCCCAGGAAAUAACACUGGCUGGAGUUGCUACCCUACGUUGUCUAGAAGCAACUGUAUGAUUAUUCCCUGUGGCUGUGGCUACCACCUCU